CGUUUUGGAUCUAGCUUAUCCCAAACGCGAGCAGACUAAGCUAACAUCAGGAAGAACUCCGCUCAGUCGGCAUACUCUCUAUUUUAUUUUAAGCGCCACCGUCUCAGGGAAAAAAAAAACCCGUCGAGGGAAGAUGACAGCAGAAAUGGCGAGCGGCGCUUUUCCAUAACAUGCUCCUGUAAGAAGAAUUGCUACAUCAUGGCGGUGAAUCAUUUGAGAGGACUUCGUCUGCUGCUGUGUCAGUCCCUGGUGCGACCGAUCAGAGGUGCCCCAGUGCUCCCAGCAAGGCAUGCCAUCCCAGCUUUUUUCCCCAGCGGCUCGUGCCAGCCUGCCGCGUGCACUCGACUCUAUGCCACUAAGAAAGCGAAAGCUAAGACAAAGGGACAGGCAGCCAAGGUGAAUAUUAGCGCCACUCUGGUGGAGGACAUCAUCAGUCUAGAGGAAGUGAAAGAUGACAUGACGGCUGUGGUCAAUGCGCUCAAAGAUGACUUCACGCGCAAUCUCAGCAUCAGAACGUCACCUGGAGCACUGGACCACAUUAUUGUGUCAACACAAGAUGGGAAGUUCCCUCUCAAUCAGCUGGGCCAAGUCUCCAUGAAAUCCCCUCAGCUCAUUAUGGUCAAUAUGAGCAGCUACCCCGAGGCUACAGCGGCAGCUGCCCGUGCCCUGAGAGAGAGUAGCAUGAACCUCAACCCCGAGGUGGACGGGGCAAUCAUCAAGGUGCCUGUUCCUAAGGUGACACGUGAACACAGAGAGAACCUCGCCAAGACAGCCAAGCAGUUCAGCAACAAGGCAAAAGACUCCCUGAGGAGAGUACGCUCCAACGCUGUGGCGCAAGUAAAAAAGGCCAAGGAGGGACACUCUGAAGACACCAUUCGACUAGUAGAGAAACAGAUUCAGCAGAUGGCCGACAACAUCACGUCAGAUAUUGACAAGCAACUUGCCGCCAAGACCAAAGAGUUGCUCAGUUGAAUGUAAGCAGAUACACGUGCAGCUUUAUUAUUUGUCACGGCCAUACCCACAGGUCGAUAUAUUUUAUACGCCUUGUAAUGAUGCAACAGGAGAACAGUGCAAAUAGAUGUUGGACUUCUGUGCCCGUUUCACAUGUAUGUGUAGGUUCAAACUUGUUGAAAAUACAGUAGAUAAAACUGUGCUGUUCUGGUCUUCUUUUUGUAUGAUCAUGGGAUGGAAGGGUCCUCUGUAUGUUUUUUUUUUUUUAAUCCAAAAAAUGACAGUCCCUGACAAAAGUCUUGUCACUUAUCUAUUUUGUAGAAACAAUUGCUAAUAACCUGACUUUUAAUUAUUUAAUUGUUGUUUCAGAAAUGGCUCAUAUGAAAGAUAAGAUCAGGCAACAUAGAUAUUCUGAAGUAUCAACAAAUCUUAGCUGCCUUUCACAUUCCUAACCAUAAAAAGGGACAAAUUCUGCAGCAGGAUGGUGCUUUGUCACGUACUUCAAUCUCUACCUCGAAGUUCCUUAUGGCAAAGAAGAUCAAGGUCCUCCAGGACUGGCCAGCCCAGUCACCAGACAUGAACAUCAUGGAGCAUGUCUGGGGUAGGAUGAAAGAGGAAGCAUGGAAGAUGAAACCCAAAAAUGUUGAUGAACUCUGGGAGGCAUGCAAGACUGCUUUUUUUGAUGUUCCUGAUGACUUCAUCAAUAAAUUGUAUGAAUUGCCUUGUCAAAGCCCAUGGAGGUCAUACAAAAUAUUAAAUUUGGAUCUCUCAGCACCACUACUUAUGCAACAUAUUUUUGUAUUUGAAGUAGGGCUGUCAAAACUGUGGCGUUAACGGGCGGUAAUUAAUUUUUUAAAUUAAUCACGUUAAAAUAUUUGACGCAAUUAACGCACAUGCCCCGCUCAAACAGCUUAAAAUGACAGCACAGUUCAAUGCCAACUUGUUACUUGUGUUUUUUGGAGUUUUGUCGCCCUCUGCUGGCGCUUGGGUGUGACUGAUUUUAUGGGCUUCAGCACUCAUGAGCAUUGUGUAAUUAUUGACAUCAACAAUGGCGGGCUACUAGUUUAUUUUCUGAUUGAAAAUUUUGCAAGUUUUAUUGAAACGAAAACAUUAAGAGGGGUUUUAAAAUAAAAUUUCUAUAACUUGUACUAACAUUUAUCUUUUAAGAACUACAAUUAUUUCUAUCCAUGGAUCGCUUUAACAGAAUGUUAAUAAUGUUAAUGCCAUCUUGUUGAUUUAUUGUUAUAAUAAACACAGUACUUAUGUACCGUAUGUUUAAUGUAUAUAUCUAUCUUGUGUCUUAUCUUUCCAUUCCAACAAUAAUUUACAGAAAAAUAUGGCAUAUUUUAUAGAUGGUUUGAAUUGCGUUUAAUUACGAUUAAUCAAUUUUUAAGCUCUAAUUAACUCGAUUAAAAAUUUUAAUCGUUUGACUGCCCUAAUUUGAAGUACAUUUUUUGUUCAAUUUUCACACUACUUUCUGUAGGCGACAAAACUUUUGUCUUGCCAAAAUUUGACCUUGAUGUCUUCAUUAAAUGAUAAAUCUUUUUUCAGUGAAACAAAUAUAUUUUUGUACAUUCAACAUCAUUUGGGAAGCUUUAGCUUUCAUAUCAGCCAUUUCUGAAACCAAUCGAAUAAUUAAAAGGCAGGUUAUUAGCAAUUGUUUCUACUUGGGACUUUCAGUGCUGGAAUUUCAUUCAAUUUUAUUCAAACCUCUUUCCACGAGGGAUAUCCAUAUAUGUAAAACAAGCAAACCCAUGUGGAUGUCUUCUUUUUUUCCUGGUGGCAAAGGCAGACAACAUGGUCAAAGUGCUGCUAAACAUUUGUUUCACGUUCAAGAUUGAAAAUGCAUCUGCGUUUCUAACAUGGACUUCUCUUCUUCAAUGAUUAUUGAUGGACUCUAUUGAAGCCAAACAGCUUUAUAGUUCAUGUUUGUGUGUGGUGAUGGCUCUUAUUUUCUUUUUCUCCACUUUUAGUUUGAAAUCAAAUUCCCUCCUCCAUUACUUUGGGUGAUAAUGGACUUUUCCUGUGUGUGUAGAACUGACUGUCGGCACCACAAUGGUCCAUUAGGUUGGGGGUUGGGUCUUUUAAUAUUGGCCUUGUUUUGGAAUAGCUGGACAUAGAAAAAUAGUGUGCAACUCCUGUAGUUGUCAGAUUGCAUGAAUGGGAGUGAAGCCAUUAGAGCGUAGACUCCUGCUUUCCUCUUCCUGUGGUUUUGUCUUUGUUUUUAUGUUUAUUUUGAGAGCAAUCCAGCUGUCUUGCACACACGUGAUUGAUUUCAUGCUAUCAAGCUUUUCCUUUGUUAAAGCCAUGGUGUUAACAUGAAGUAAGCCUGUGUCCUUCAGUGUGGUUUCUCUUUAAUGGGCUAAACAGACUAGAGUCAUUGGAUAAACAAGAGUUUAGCGAAGUGCAGGGGACGCCGACCGCCUCGCGUGGAAACGCCAACCUUCUCCGGCCCAUUCCGAGUCCAGAUGUCAGCAAUUUUGGGGGCAUUGUGUACCUUGGCCUGCAACGGAGGCUUCAUGAUCGAUGGAGGGCUGAAAAUCUCCACGCAACAAACCCUGGCCAAGCGUGAGGAAAUUGCUUUCAGCUGAUAGCUUCAUUUCGCUUCACAUUUAUCAAGUGGAAGACUUUUUUGGUGUGGUGGGGGGGUGGGCGUGCAAAUGUUGACCGCAAAGAGACACUGCCUUGCCUUCUCGCUUCGUGUGAGCGUGCAUGCCCCUCAUCUUCAUAGAAGUUGCGGCAUGUCCUUUGGCGCUUCCGCAGAAAAAUAUACACAUCCCAAAUUAGUUCAGUAAACUUUUGGGGGAUUUGAUAGCAGGGCCUUU